UGUGUGUGUCCUGCGGGGUUUGCUUCAGUACGGUUGGAUAUCCCACUCUCCGCCGUCUUUGGCAGAUAUCUAUUUCCUGGUCGUUCCGUUGGCAGUGGCUGUUGCCCUCGUGACGCAAAUGCUGUGUGACCUCUCGGAUUUAUGCGUCUUUCCGGACUUGUACAAGGAGUACAGAGUGAGUAGGGGACGUUAAAGCAAUGAGGAGGACUUUUUCCUGGAGGUUAGUGAAGUUGCUCACCGUUUCAGUCGUGCUCGCCCUGUCUGCUUACAUUUUAGUGAGUACCGUCAGAGUAACACCGAGUAAACAUCCGCCAAAGCUAAGUCCGCUUCCAGAGGAGGAGUACAGGCUCAUAUCCCCUAAAACAUACCAGUAUAAUCUCAGUCAGCCUGCUGUAUGCAAGGACACAACCCCCUUCCUGUUUUUUAUGGACCCAGUUGCCCCUGUGGAGGCUGCAGCAAGGGAGACCAUCAAGAAAACAUGGGGUCAGGACACCCGCACUCUGUUCUAUUUUGGGCUCCCUGAGGGGGAGGUGUCAAGCAUUCAGGCCAAGUUAGAGGGGGAGAGUAAGUAACAUGCAGACAUCAUCCAGCUUAACUUUCACGACAGUUACCAGAACCUGAGAAUCAAAACCAUGAUGAUGAUGAACUGGCUGGCGACCCACUGCCCAAAUGCCUACGCCAUGAAGGUGGACACUGACAUCUCUGUGAAUGUGUUUUACCUCAUCAGAAGACUCAGGAGCUCCCUGAGGCAGGGCUUCAUCACAGGCUCAGUGAUCGCUGAUAGCCUACCGAGGAGGAACAGUAACAGCAAAUGGUAUGGUAUCUGUACCCUGAGGACAGCUUAUGUGUUGGGAGCUGGGUAUGUCUUCUCUGCAGACCUUGCUGCCAGGAUCUCCUGGGCAUCCAGAUUUAUCAGGAUGAUAACCCUGGAGGACGUCUACGUGGGGCUGUGUCUGCGUGUGCUGGAUGUCCAGCCGGUGUACUCCAGCAGCCUGCUGACCCUCAGGAAACUGUUUGAAAUCAAACAUUUGGGGUACGACAGGUGCACCUUUGUCAAAUUGGUCAUUGCCAAUGGAUUUAAGCCAUCACAACUGCUGCACAUGUGGCAGGACUUCUCCAAAGGACACACCAGCUGCUGACAUUAACUUUUACCAAGUGCUUCACAGUUAACCCAAGCAUGAGCAGCCUGCUGUACAGGACAGAAAAAAUCCUGUUAUUGACAUUCUGAAUUUAACAGACACAUUUGUCAAUGAAUCAGUUAGUCAACAAAAAUUAAAUGACAGCAGUUAUGAUAAUAAUCCUUAAAGUUGUUCUCAACAUGCCCCAAUCCCCAAGGGAUUCUGAGACAUGAAAUGUUUUUCAUUUUGAAAUGUGACAGAAGGAAAAGCACAGGAGUUAAUACUAAACUGCAUUCAGUUUGAGGGUCCUGGUUUUGUUCAUGCUUGCUCGCUGUCACACUUUCAUGGCUUACUGGGACACAUGAAUAGAACAGAGUCCAAAUAUAUGCUGUGAUAAAAACCUACAAGAAAAAAAGUAUAUCUCUGAUGUUCUGAAGUUUUCCCUAAACUAUCUAAUCUAAUCUGUUUUAUUGUAAAAUCGUUGUUAGUUAAGCUCCAGACUUCUAAAAUACAGUCAGAAAAGGUAACAUUACUCUUUAAUUGAACUGUGCACAAACCAUAGACACAUGCAGCCUGCUUUGUUUCGAAGUCAGUCCUCAUGCCUCAUCUUAAUGAUUAAUUUCCAAAAACUGACACAUUCAUUGAUAAUAAAACCGAGGGCUCCUGAUUCUUUUUGUUGAUUAAUUACAGAAUUGCAGAGAAAUGUUUAUCAAGAGCUGAGAUCUUUAAAUGUCUUGUUUUUUUCUGACCAGAAUUAUCAGUUUAUGGUCCUGUCAAACAAACAAAAUGGGAACUCAAUAAUGUUAGAAAAUUGAAGAUAAAUUCUAAUUAAAUAUCAGUGAAUUAAACAAAUGAGUCUCUUAACACACUAACUAUAAGAUUCAUAAUUUUGUCUGUAAAAUGUUCAAAAAUAAUGAAGAAGAGUCCAAGGCAACGUUUACUGUCCAAAUCCCAAAGAGAUUCAGUACAUCACAUGAGCAACAUCAAAGACUCCCUGCAAGUUAAUACUGAUAACACUCAUGAAUUUUUUAAUUGUUGGACUAAUGGAUCUGUUGUUUCAGUUCUAACUGAUAAUGAAGGUAACUGUUGAAGAAUGAUUGUCAUUUUCUAUUUCAUGUGCCCCAGAGUGUUUAUCCAAAGUGCUGGAAAAGUCACAUGGUAAAAAUGACUGUAUAUUAAUCUAUAGCAGGGGUAGAUGUCAUCAUGGUUUCUUAGAAUUCGCAGUUUACACCAAAGACUAUUUAAAAAUAGAUCAAUUUUACUGUAAUUGUACCUAUUCUCCAGUUAGUGCCUGAUGGUUUUGGGAUCCACAUAUAUGAUAAAAGGCAUUACCCAGAAAACACGUUGUGUAAGAAACACAUUGCCCUUCUGCUAUAUAAUAUGAAUAGCUUCACAGAAUGUGGACUUUAUAACAUAACUUGCUGCUAAUUUGCCAGGUUACUGUGCCAAUUUUUAUUAAAGUACGAAUCUUACAACAGUGUGUUUCUUUAUGUAUGUGCGGUAGUUGCACAUGAAAACCAGCUAGUAGCAGUAUUUGUCAGAUGACACAGGUUCCACUCAAAAGUGUAAGAGAACUUUGCUGAUGACUCAGUGGCUAAUGCAGAUAUACUGUGAUCUUUGGACAGUGAUCAUUAUGCAUUGAUUUUGCUCUCAGAAAAGCAUUUCUUUGCUUUAAUUUGAUAUUUUGUUUCCUAUUCCCUUUUAGGUUAAAACUGUUUGAUACUGCUGACUGUACACCAGAAUGCCUCAUACAUACCUUAAUAUGUAGUAAGAAAUGCUGAAUCAAUAAUAAUAAUAACAAUAAUGAUAAUGAUAAUGAUAAUAAUAAUAAUGAUAACAAUAACAAGAAGAUACACUGCAUCCACUUGUCUGUCAGUGAGUCAAUUUAUUUUUUUAUUUUUUAGUGUAAUUCAUUGCUGCUGCUUUUGUUGUGCUAGUACUUUUGCUACUGCCACCUUGGUAUCACUGGAGACUUUCAGUUUGCCACGCUGAAAUAAAUGCCUUUUCCAU